UGAAUAUGUUUGCAAACAUAGAUGAAGUCUUAUUUUUAGAAGAGAGUUGUAAAUUUACAAUAAAUCCAGCAAAGUACUUUAAAAUUUUUAUUAUAGCGCUGAUAAAUUGAUAUUUUUACGAGAAACUUAUAAAUAAUAUUUUGAAGGAAAAUCCAAUGUUUUGAUAUCAGAAAAUCAGGAUAUUUUAGAAGCAUGUAUUUUAGAAAGACUAAAAUAACCGUAAAAAUAAAAUAUUUAUAUAGUGAAACUAAUCCAUUCGUUCUUUUGGUUUAAACAAAAUAAAAUAUUGAAUAUUUAAAAGGAAAACCUUGGUAUGAUACUCCAGAAAUUGCAAAUCUUAUUGAAUCAUUUAGAAUCAUGGUUUAAAAUUACUUAAUGACUAUUCUACAAUAUCCUGAUUAAUUUUCACCUCAAAGAUGUAUUUCUGAUAGAGAAAAAGAAGAAAAUUAAGGUAAUUAUUAUAUAAAUAUGAAAGAAAUAUUAAAAUUGAUUGCUAGACUUUUUGAUAUCUUUGAUUCAAUAGGAUUUGAUUCAGAAAUACUCACUUAAUUUAUCUAAAAUUUAGAAGAAAAUUUUAAUGAAAAUCAACUUCAUUCUUAAAUAAUUUAAUAUUCUAGAAAAUGCAUAUAAAAGGUUUCAAUGAAACAAUUAUAUUUAGUUACAUAUAUAUAAUGAUCAAGUGAACUACUAUAUUGCAAUAUUCCAACAUUAUUUAAAUGAUCUAAAAACUAGAGAGUUGAUUAUAUCUGAUAUAAUUGCUAGAUGGUAUGUAAGUUUCAAAUAAAUUUAGGAAUGUCAAAACAGAUAGAGGUGAUAUUUUGGAAAAAGAAUUUGUUUUAGGUCCUUUAUUUACAAUCUCAUUAUUAUAAGAAAAUCAAUAUGUGAGAUAGAGAGCUCAUUAAAGUUUAAGCGGAAGAAUGACAAAGAGAUAGUUUGAAAUUCUUCUAAAAUAAUAUUAAUAAACUAGUCAUAAUCACGUUGAAAAUUUAGUAAUUCUAACAAAAUUAUGUCUCUCAAAGUCUACGUUUCAAUAAACUAUUUAAUUUUUAAAAGCUGUAUGUUUUUGUAACAAACUCAAAACAAAAGAAGCCUAUUCACAUAAUAGAUAAUUAAAAAUGAUUUAAAAUGUUUCAUCUGAUGGAUUUAUACUCAAUUUAUAUGAUAUUUUGCUUAAUCUAUCAAAUAAAAUAUCAUCAAGAGCAGAUGAUACAUACACUAAAAUAGAUAAAAAUUUUUGGUUUACUCUUCCAUUUGAGAAUGAUCAAAUGCUUUUAUGUAUUUGAUUUUAUUUAUUAUUAGUCUCAUCUAAACCUUUAAUUGGAUAAAAUUUAUAAAUUGGUAAUGUAAGUUAUUUGUUUUUCUAUACCCUAAAAUUUGUUCAAAUAGGAAUAAUGCCUGUUUUAACAAGAAUGAAAGAUUUGUUUAAAGCUAUAAAAGAAAAAAAAGAUUUGAUUCAAAUACUAAAUGAUCAUCCAUAGAAAUCAUUUAUUUAAGCAUAAAUAGAUGCCUAAGAUGAAGAAGCUCAUCAAUUAGAAGUAGUGAUCUUUAAUCUUGGAAGGAUAAAAGAUACAAUUUAAUUAUUUGAUACAUUCAUCUUAUUAUUCAAAACUUGGUUAAAUGUUGAUAAUUGGAAUAAUAAUUAAACUUAAUGGCAAGAAUAGGAAAUUCUGAAAUAUAUUCCAGAAUUUAUAAUAAAUGAUAUAAUUGAUUAUGUUGAUUUUUACAUGUAAAAUUUGGAACAUUUCACAGAAAAUUAUUUUAAUCAUAAAAAUGUAUUUCAUGUAAUUAGAAUUAGUUCACUUCAUUUGUAGAGCUUGCCAUAUACUUUAUUCAUUUACCUAUUGCCACUAAUAAGUACUUACCAGGCAAAUUUAUAGAGGCUAUAUAUUAUUUUACUAAAGUUACUAAAAACUAAUGUUAUAUAUAUGAAACCUUUGUUAAUAAUGAUUUAGUGAGAGAAAAUUUACUUUAAGGACUUAUAAAUCAAUAUUUAGCAGUUGGUGAAACAGGGGCAAACAAUCAAUUUUAUGCAAAGUUUCAAUAUAGAUUUUACAUUAACGAUCUUCUAUUUUAAUUAAUGUCGAUAAAUGUUUAUUAACGCUAAUUUAUAACACAUAUGGAUAGUAACUCAGGCCAUAGGUUAAUUAAGCAUAUGAUAAGUGAUAUGAAUUAUGGUUUUGAAGAGAUUUGGACAAAUUAUUUAGAAACCUUUAUAAAAAAGUAAUAAGAAUAAGAAAUUCCAAAUAAUAAUUUUGAAUAGAGAUACAAUAAAUAACGAGAACUUGAUAUGAUUAAAGGAUAAAUUUAAUCUAAUUUAUAAAACAUGAAAUCUAAUUUGAAAUUGUUAGUUGAAUUUAGCUAUCAUAUACCAAAAAUACUAAUGAAAGAGAGUAAUAUAUUUAAAAUUAUUAUUAGUAUUUUAAGAAAUGAUUUUGAAGAUGUUAAAUUAUUACCUUGAUAAUUUCUUGAGUGAAAAAAGUAAAGAAAAAUUAGACAUUUUAAAAUAAAUAGCUUAAAAGGAAUUUAAAUUGGCAAAUUUUCUGCAUUAAAUAGGAACAUUUUUUGCAAAUAUUUGUGAAGAAAACAAAGCUGUAAGUAUCAUAGUAAAGGAUGGCAGAUCCUAUCAUAUUGAAAAUUUUUAAAAAUUAGAGAAAAUAUUUCGAGAUAAUAUUUCUGGGUAACAAGAUAAGGUUGAAAAAUUAAGUAGAUUUAUAAAGAAUUUGUAGAGAAAAUCUGAAAAAAAAAGAUUUUUAGAAUCAAUUUUAGAGUAAACUCAGAUUCCAGAUAAAUAUUAAGAUCCUAUAUAUGGAGAAGUAUAAAAAAUAACUAAAUUAGUUAAUAAAAGAUCCAGUUAUGUUACCAUAAUCUAAAACAAUAAUGGAUAGGAAAGUGAUAAUAACAGCUUUAUUAGAAAAAAAGUUAGAUCCAUUUACAUUAACUCCUUUAGAUGAAAAAGAUUUAAUACCUCUACCAGAACUAAAAUAAGAAAUUGAUGUAUGGUUGAAUUAGAUUAAAAAAUAAAGAGAUCUUAAGGUACAAGAAGCUGAAUAGAAUAGAAUGCAAACAGAGAUUCAAUUUUAAUAGUCUUAAAUUUUUAAGUUUUAGGAUGAAGAAGAUGAUUAAAAUGUAUUUAAGGGUAAUAGAUAUGAGGAUGAUUGAAUUGAAAUAAUAAUAAAUGGU